AUGCAUGCAGCCUGGAGUAUCCUCAUCCGUAGUCCACGAACACCCUUCAUCCGCAAUACACUGCUUAUCGCGCACCAUGCUUUUCCACCUCGCACUGCUCUUCCUUCACCCGCUCUCCGUUCCGCGCGGACUUAUGUCACGUCCACCGCCUGGGUGGACUAUAUGGCCGACAGCGCACUGGUGCGCGGCUGCGAGAAGAUCCUCCUGACCGUCCACGAGACCUGCGGGACGCCGUGGUGGGCGACGAUCAUCAUCAGCGUCGUGGCGCUGCGCAGUGUGGUGACGGUUCCCCUGGCAGUUUUGCAGCGGCGCAUCUCCGCUAAAGUCUCCAGUCUGAAACCCCAGAUGGACCAGAUUGCCCGGGAAGUGGCGCACGGUGUCAGUGUGCAGAGGCGCGCCAAGAACUGGACGGAACAGCAGGCAGCCUCUGCGUUCCGUAAACUCAUGAGCGUUGAGCGGCGGGAAAUGUGGAUUAAACACAACUGCCAUCCAGCCAAAGGGUUCCUGCUGCCGUGGUUCCAGAUCCCACUGUGGAUCGGUUUAUCCUUCGCACUGCGCAAUCUGUGUGGCGGAUGGGCCCAUCUGGAGCACCAGGAGGCGCGAAAGGAUUUCGCGGACGGCGGACUGUUAUGGUUCCGUGAUAUGAACAGUCGGGAUAGGAUGUACGCGUUGCCGGUAAUCUACGGGAUCAUGAAUCUGCUGUUGACAGAACUGUGGGUGGCCGGUAUGCCGGCCAAGCGGAGUCUACCUAUGAAAUUCGUCGUCUGGGUUGCGCGCAUCGCGUCGGUGUUCUUUGUUCCCAUUGCUGCAACUCUACCUGCGGCUAUUUCCUAUUACUGGACUAUGUCGUCCUUAUUUGGAAUUAUUCAGUUGCUUUUGUUUAUGAAUCCGCGCACUAUGCGCACGUUAAGGAUUCCGGUGAUUGACAAAAAUCCGGCUCCCUACCGUACGAUGUUCCGGAAACUCCUGCGUUUGCCGGUUCCUGCGCUACCAUCAGGCGCAGCGAAAUCUGUUUGA